UCCGAGUCACUUCAGUGAAGAUUCACUUCGUAUAGGCGCCGCAGACACUUGGCAAGGGGAAAUCAGCUUCAUUCAGACGAUCCAAUGAUCAACUUCUGAAAGAUGCCUAACUGGCCGUGCUCAACUCGCACCACAGUGAGCAUAACUACCCAAUGUGAAUGGUUGUGAAAUACAAGUCGUUCACAAAAAGGUGUUGCUUGAAGGGGAAGUGAAAUAAAUGUGGUGCUCGUAUAAACAUAAAAAAUAUACUGACUGCUUGAUCAUUAAAGGAGUAUAAUUACAAUAUACUGAGAAAAGAAACAACCAACUUCGUUUUUAUGAAAUAUCAGGAUCGACAACUAGCAAAAACAUGGUCCCAGUCCUUGUUGCAAUUGCACUGGGGCUGCUUCUCGCAUACAUCUGGAAUAAAACACGCAGCAAACUGACUCAUAUACCAGGACCAACAGGUCUACCGAUACUUGGAAAUACCCUGGAAGUUGGAAGCUCCUUCAAGCUUAUAUGCAAGAUGGAAGAAUGGGCAAGAAAAUAUGGCGAUGUUUUCAAGUUUAAUAUAUUUGGGGAUGAGAUUGUAGUCGUUAGCGGGUCCGCAAUUGGAGAGGUACUAGUAACAAAAGGGAGUGAAUUUGCUGGACGACCGAAAUAUCCUUGGUUUGAAAAACUAGAAGGAGGUGAGACCCAUUUAUUUAUGCGUGAAUAUGACCCUAAAUUACGCUUCAUUCGUAAGUUGGUCCACAGAGGUCUUCGACAGUAUGGUGAAGGUGUGGACAGAAUUGAGUCUAUUUCUGUGGUAGAGAUCAGUAAAUGUUUAGAUAAUAUAGAGAGAGAGGAUGGAGCAGAUUUUGACCCGUUCACCUACAUACAUCAUGCUGUCAGUCAGGUUAUGAAUACAAUGUUAACAGGUGAAGCUUUGUCAGAAGGCCACCCCAUGUUGAAUAAAGCCAUUAAAUUAGACAAAAUAGAUGCAGAACUAAGUACGAGUUACAUGCUCUUGACGAUCACAGACAAAAUACCAUUACUGGAUAAAAUGACGUUUAUACCUGCAAUACGUAAAGUGAAAGAAUAUACACAGAUUUUGGAUAGCUUAAUCAAUUUCUGGACAGGUUUCGAGGCUACAUAUGACAAGAAUAAUAUGCGAGGACUCUACGAUGUUGUUUAUAAAGCAUACCUUGAAUCAGAGAGCUCGGAAGAGGGAACAAAGCUUUCAUACACAAAUGUGAAGUACCUUAUGUACGAGUUAUAUCUUGCAGGUAUCAUUACGACCAACAAAACAAUAUACGCCUUUGUUCAUUUGAUGGUGACAUAUCCUAAUAUUCAAAAACGAAUUCAGUCUCAAAUUGAUGAGGUCGUCAGUUCUCAGCGAAAACUCACAACAGAGGACAGACACAAGCUCCCUCUUUUGGAGGCUACUAUUCACGAAGUGUUGCGAUUUACAUCCAUCGUCCCGAUGACUGUCCAUAAAACAACAAAAGACACUAGCGUUGGAGGAUUUGCAAUUCCCAAUGACACACAGGUAUGGCCUAUAUUUACUUCGAAUCACCACAAUGCCGAGUAUUUCAUUGACCCAUUGACGUUCAACCCAGAUAGGUUCCUAGAGCAGGAUGGUUCUCUAUCACCUCCGGAGUCAAGAAAAAUGUUGAUGCCAUUUGGAGCAGGAACACGAAACUGCAUUGGAGAAGUAUUCGCCAGAAUGAGGCUAUUUUUAUUCACUGCGAGCCUGUUACAAAGAUUCACACUUCUUCAACCAACGAAAGGAAAGUUUGGAAUUAUUGAUCCUAAAUCAGAGGAAUACCUCAAGAUGACGCCAUGCAUCUGUCCAAGUUACAAGAUCAGGGCAAUCCCAAGAGCAUGGGGGAUAUAUUAUCCCAAGAAGAAAACAUAAUACUUGUCACAAACAAACACCAUAUUCAUACUUAAACAUCAUAUACAGAUAUACAUAAAUAAUUGAUUCUGGUAAAAUUAUAUUUGUA